AUGUGGUUGGCGUCAGUGGCGCUUCUCGUCGCCACGGCGAGCGCCAUCGAAUUGACGUUCGAGCUCCCGGACAACGCCAACCAGUGCUUCUACGAGGAUAUUGAGGCCGGCGUGCAGAAUGUGCUCGAGUUCCAGGUGGUCACCGGCGGCCAAUACGACGUCGAUAUGACGCUUGAAGACCCGCACGGGAAGGUGCUCUACAAAGACACGAAGAAGCAAUACGACAGCUACACAUGGAAGGCUGAGACGCCCGGCGCCUACAAGGCCUGCUUCAGCAACGAGUUCUCUACAUUCUCCCACAAGAUUGUGUAUAUGGAUUGGCAGGUCGGGGACCACCAAAAUAAGCAACAGCAUGUGCCCGACGCCAGCCACCCGAUGAACGUGUUGGAGUCGAGCGCCGUCGCGAUCGGGAAUCAUCUUCGCGUUGUUGACGAUUAUCAGACCCAUCAUCGUCUGCGCGAGGCCACAGGCAGGAAGCGCGCUGAGCAGCUGAACGAGCGGGUGCUACUCUGGAGUCUCGGGCAAACCGCCGUGAUUGUGCUGAUGGGUGUUGCUCAGGUAUUGAUACUGCGAUCGUUCUUCUCCGACAAACCGCGACGACCCUAC